GAGAGCUUUCAAGUUUUAAUGUUUCGUCUCUGCCAUACCACCAGCAAAAGAACCACCACACCAACAGUUUAAUGAUAAAAUCGUCUGGAACUGCAGCCGCCACACUGACUUCGACGGCCGUGGAUAACGAAGUGAAAGCAAUCGUAAGUCCCACGCCAACAGAGGAUCUCGAGAAAUCGAAAUCGGAUAACAAAAUGCAGUUGUUGAAAUCGAACACGAACAGGGCACCUCCUGGUGCUACCUCUACAACGAKUCUCUCCAACAAAAMUAGUAACAAAAAGUCGAAAGCACCGUCCGGUGUUCCAAUUAAAUCCAAGAUAAAAKCCACRAAGAAGGARGAUAAAUUUWUCAAGUAUGUCGGGAAUCACGACGAGAUCAACGGUAAUCCCAACAAAAAUCCCAACAAAACGAGUGCCUUUGCGAGAAAAAAAUUAUAUUCUUCCUCUUCCUUAUCGUCCUCAUCCUUGCUAGCAUCGCACCCGCCUCCAAAGAAACUACCCAUAAUGUCGAGAUACUGCGGGUGCUGCGGGGACAUAUUGUCCACCAAAACCUACGGAUACGAAGGCACUUACGAUCGGCGAUUGCGCUUUCACCCCGAGGAACGGAUCCCACAAGACCGAUCAGAGAUUCAGGCAGCGGCCAGAAGAAUCCAUCAGACCUUGGCAAGCAAAGGAAAUAUCAAAGGCAGUGAUUUCUUGAAAAAGACAACAGCUGCCAACACCAAGCGCAAAAAGAAGAAAUCAUCGAAGGGAGUGACACCAGCAACAUCGUUAUCGGGGGAUCAUCAUCACCAAGAGUCUUCCGUCAAGGGACUUCCUCUCUGGCCCGAGGAAUCCUUGAGAAUGGACGAAACUAUCCUAGAGGGGUUGCUUUCUCUCAAGAGAACCCCUCUCCAGGAGGUGGAUUGYAGAUGCUGGAAGGAACCGUCUCCUCCGAACUUCAAGCGAGAUAUGGCCAUGACCCAACUAAUCUGCGAAAGUUCGAACUCCAACAACUCGGCCGUGGGCAAGUUGUCGAAAAAAUCUCUCGCCAAGGCCGGGAAGACGCUGGGCAAGAAGCACAAGGUUGGAACAAAGACCACGACGACGAACACUGCUCCAGGUGAAACCACAACGACUACAGUGAGCACCAAGGUGGUCAUUACCAAGUGCCCCAAGACGGGAAAGAAAAUAAAGAAGACCGUCCGUACCGUCAAGAAGCUCGUCAAGAAAACAAAACUCGCCGGCAACAACAACAACAACAAUAAUGCCAACAAAAAGAACAAGCUACCGGUAGGGCCCUCGGGUUUUGCUACGGCACAUGCGGCAAAGCCCGGUGUUUCUCCACCUGCUUUUUCCUCGCCUACAAGCAAUGGGAAUGCUAGCAUCAUCAACGGUAUGAAUAAAUAUGGCUACGUUACUAUGAYUGCCGGUGACAAAUCUUCUUCCAAAAAGAAAUCAUCUCCGAGUGGUGGGAAUAAGGAUAAYUCUGACGACCCAAAUGCCAAGGGAAACAAGGGAAGCAAAAAGAGAAGCCGCGACAAACAACAGACUACACAAGGAGUAUCCGAGGACGAAAUCGAUCACAGCCAUACGAACAGCUCUGACGACGAUGGAUCCGAUGGCUAUUACGGUGGAGAAAACUCCUACAACGGACCCGGUAUAUCCGCGAAGAAACGCAGGAGGAACGACGAAAAGGCCGACCAGGAGCUCCGUGAGCGAUUGAUGAAUUGCCCUCUCGAGGGCGGACUGAUCUAUCCGUCGCAAGCAGAACUCAUGGAGUUGACGACAGUUAGAAAACGGAACGCCCUUCAAACCUUUUACAAACGUUUCAAUGAACUCCGCCAGUUCAUCGCUGUUUUUGGUGAUGGUAAGUGUCACGAGGAAAUAAACAUUUUGUGUUUUACAUUGAAUUGCUUAAAAAAUCGUACUAACAUUUUUCUUUCACCAUUAUUGUAAACAGCAAAUGUGCCACAGCAAUUUCCAGAAAAUCAUUCGCUUGGGAUUUGGGUCAACAAGAUGCGCAUGGAACGGAAAAAGUGGGACACAGGCUGCGAGCGGACCAGUCUCACCGAACGGAAAAUCGAGUUGCUGGAAUCCAUCGAUUUCAUUUGGGCGCAAAACCACAAGGGCGAGAUUGGAUGGGAACGCCGCUUCCAGGAAAUCAAAAAAUUCAAGCGCAAGCAUGGGCAUUGCAACGUACCGACCAAGUCGGCCGAAAAUCGAGCUUUGGGCCGGUGGGUCAGCACCCAGCGCACCAUGCACAAGAAUUACGUCAAAGGAUUUGUCGGAAAGUCCUUGACGAAGGAAGAGCAAGAGCGAAGAAUUCUUUUGCUUCUGAAGGAAGGAUUUUUGUUCAGUAUGAUUCCCAACGGACACGAGGGGGUUGGUGGUACAGAGGCGGGCGGACGACCUGCAGAAGAAGGCGGUGGUGAUGGUGGAGGCACAUCAGCAGCGGAAGAAACCACUGCGAUGGUCCCAUCGGCAACCACAUUACCGACUGGCGGUAACCCGCUGGGAGAAAACGACAAGGAAGAAAGUGUYCAUACAGUCGCGGCACCGACGGAAGAAACCACUGCAAUGGUUCCAGUGACUGCCAAAUCGUUGGAUUCAAUGACAACUGUGACUACCAUUCCAUUUUCUAGCAAAAUCGAUGACAAAGCUGUUCCAAUGAAAAGCGAUACGAAUUCAACUCCACAGAAACAUUCAGAUGUAGCUAUUGCUAGUGCUGAUGACGAAAGAAAGGCCACAGAUACGACCGGUUCUGCAGAUGYCGAGGGCAACAACGACACUUACAAUCAGGGAAAGGAGGUGGUUGAGGAAACAAAAUCUCACGGCAACGGUUCUUUCGAGGAGAAGAAGGAAGAAGGUGRUGAUCAAAGCGAGAGUGAUGUGAAGGGACCUACUUCUCUSCCAAAAGUAACCGAAACGGCCUUAGAACCAGAAGCGCAGGCGCAGGAACAAGCACAAGCAAACGAACAUGCACAAGCAGACAAUAUUUCACAGCAAGUAUCCAAUGGAGGUCCGGCGGUAGCAUCAGCGACACAAGUUUCGGUGACAACAACACCUUCAACAACACCAUCCGUUUCUGCAUCGGCCUCGCCCAUCCGGUCCUAUCCCGAAGAAAGUAUUGUUGAACAAAAUAAUGCUGUGACCGACAGAAAUGAAAGAACCAAAAUUAACUCUUCCGAUGCUACAGAUGAUGCMGAAAAWGGCGACAAACUAAAGAAAGAAGAGGAUCAUAAACUCUUCACAAAUAAGAGCACGGUAGCUGAGAAUACCGAUACUCAGGGUGCGAACACGAAUAAAAGUGUAUCAUCGGAUGGGUUAACACCUUCUCCGCCCACUAACCCCCUUGAAUCAAAGGCGGAGGAAAAUAAUUCAAACGAAGAAGCAAUAAUUACUGAAGCACCUCGCUCCGAAUCACAGGUUUUGGAAGGAGGGUCAUGUGAUGGGAAAAUAAUAGAGACAGCAACGAAGCCAGCUCCUCCUGUAUCGAAAGCCACGAGAGAUCAAGUUCAAACUAAUAGCGAAGAUUCGAACGAGGGAGAACCUCCCAAAACACCGACAUCAUCGAAAAAUACAAAAAUUGCAGAGAAAAUAGUCUCGCCCACAUCGUUUGUAUUCUCUCCUUCAGUUUUACGAAUACAAGAAAAAGGAUUCACUACGACUGUAUCGCUCCGUUUGAAAGACAAACGAAUUUCUAGGAAUGGAACAAAACGACUCUCACAAGAUAAUGGAGGGGAGCGGAGUGACGCAAUGAACACCGAUCAAGAAGACGAAGAGCUCAAGCUAGUUACCAGUGRUGGAUUAAGAAUUAUCAUAAAAAUGGAAGACCCGGAUAUGGAAGUCAUGCAAAGAAUGCGUUCUAACUCGGUAACAGAACCGACUCAGCAAAAUGAUAUUGGGAACUGCAAUCCUUUGUCUGCACCGAGUCCUAGCCGAAGGUCGAUUCGAGCUCGAAAGCCAUCGGCCCGGCAACUGGAGGCCGAGAAAAGUCCAUUGCGUGAAACGAUUUUGGGCCGGUGAAAUUCUCGCCAAUCGAUUCCACACGCAGAGAUCAUAAAAUAACCGAUUCUUUCAAACCCAAUUUCGACCCUUCUAUUUAUUCAGGCACUACGGAUUCAUUCUCSCAAUGUGGAUUUUGAGAUGCCCUCGAUUCUAUUUUCUGGGUUUGGCGCAACACCAACGACUUUUGUGAUCAUCCUGUACGUCGUUUCGUUUCGGCAGCAGAGAUUAGUAUGCGACUUGGCUUCUUGACAGAUACAAGGCAAUAUCCAUGAGAGAAUACUACAAUUUGGCAUACCAAUACAUUGGUAAUUAUUCCCAUACUCGACAGCAGAAUCUUUAAAAAGCUCUACCCUCCCAACCGGACAUGCUAUUCAACCAGCGUACUGUAACUACAGGGGAGAUAUGYGAAGCUUGCAAAUUAAAUUUGCGAAGGAUAUUUCCGGGCCAUUACCAUCUCAUCGUACAUAAUCAAACCUCAGAAACUUUUGUCAAUACCUUGAAAAAGAAUACACCGCGRUAACAUACACUUAUGAUGAUUAAAGCUACAAUUUCAAG